AUGGCUUGUAGCGAAAAAGUGUUAGAGGGAUUUAUUUGUCCAAUAUGUAUGACAGAGUUUAAAGCUCCUACUCAGUUAACUAAACAUUUCGAGGAUUUUCAUAAUGAUGAUCCAGAAAUUCUAAAAUCACUUAAAGACCUUUUUGGCAAAGCUAAAAAGAAGAUUUUAAAGCAAGAUGAAAUACCAGAAUCAUUUACAACCACCAUAAUAAAUAAUAGACAACGUAGUCCAGAACUUAAUUGGGGACCCCAAGAAAUAGGUGCAAUUAAAUCACAUACCACAUACUUCAAAGAAGUAAGAAAUGCAAGACUAGAGCGAUAUUCUACUGAAACAAAUAAACUUCUUAUAAGACUAGAUAAAUUAUUAAAUAAUUUACCAGCUGAUCCUGUUGAUAGAAAAAUACAUGAGCGCGCAAUAGUACCAUGGAUAGAUGAAAAAGAUGUGAAGUUAUGCCCCAACUGUGCAAAAAGUUUUCAUGUUGCUAGAAGAAAACAUCAUUGUAGACUUUGUGGGGCUGUUAUGUGCCACAAUUGUACAAUAUUUUUAUCUUUGCAAAAUGCAAGAAAAAUGACAAGUCCUGUAUCUGUACAAGAUGAUUCUGCUGUGUCUCCUACUACUGAAAGACCAAUCUCCGAACGUUUAGUACGUGCUGGUAUUGGUCUUACAAAAUUAGCUCGAUCGCCAUCCAGUGGUAGUUUAAAUAGUGUUCUGUCAUUAGUCAAUGACUCGGCAGCUGGAGAACAUCACUUCAGAAUUUGCAUGCACUGUGCAAAUUUACUCGAUGCAAGAGAAAAACAAAAAGCAAAACACUUUGAUAAACCAAUUGUGUGUCAGUUUUAUGAGAAGAUGAAAACUUACAUGAAGGAAGCAUCGCAGUAUGUGAAAAUGUACAACAAAAUGUGGGAAUCUUUAAGUGAUGGAGAAUCUACAUAUAAUUUAGAAGAUGCACAGGCUUUAAGAGUUAAGAUUGCAAAACUGGGUGAAAAUAUAGAUAUAAUUAGCAAAAGAAUUUCAGUACUGGGAAUCAGAUGCGUGGAGAAUCCUCCACAGGAGCAAGAACUCCGACUGCAUCAGAUGGUCAGGGUAUCUGCAAUGAUAUUUCUAAAAGAGGAAUUACUGACUGUACAGGCUUUACCUUCAGAAGAGAAAUACGGAGAAUUGCAAAAUGAACGCCAGAAACGAUUAGAAGCCAGAAUUAAGUAUGAAAGACAGCUAGAAGAAGAGCCAAGGGAGAAAUCAAAGGAGUUACGUAAAAGAGAAACAUGGAGUAAUGAAGUCCGACCUUCUUUGAGAGAAAAUAAGCCGGUAGUGGUACUGAAUCAAUCACAAGGUUGGGGACCUUCCAAUGUUACACCUAAGAUGCCUUCUUCUAUGGACCCAAUAAUCGAACAAAUGAGCAAUCUUCGAGCUUACAUUAAACAGGCUAGAGAUGAUUGCAGAUAUGAUGAGGUUGCCACCUUAGAAAAUAAUCUUAGGGAACUUCAAAGCCUCUACUUUACUAUGAAUCAGAGUAAUAAUAGUGAUGGGUAG